AUGGUUUACAGUACGUCGAAAGAGUUUGAUGAGGCAUAUCAGGUUGUGCAAGAUGGAUUUGCAUCAGGCCUCACUAAAGACAAAGAAUGGAGGCGUCGUCAGUUGAAACGGGCCUGGUGGAUGAUGGAGGAUAACAAGGAUCGCAUCGUGCAGUGCCUUCACGAAGACCUCCAUAAACACCGCCAGGAAAGCUACAUUACAGAUUGUGCCGCUGUUCAAUCCGACAUUCUCGAUACUCUUAAGAACCUCGACAGGUGGACUGCGGAUGAAAAGCCAAGCAGGACCAGCCUUCUCAACUUCUUAGGGAAUACCACUGUCAGAAAAGAACCACUAGGCGUAACUUUGAUUAUCGGAGCUUGGAAUUUUCCAUUUUGUUUACUUCUACAACCUAUGGUCGCUGCUAUAGCUGCUGGUUGCGCUAUGAUUUUAAAGCCUUCUGAUAACGCGCCGGCGUCUCAGAGACUAUUGAUGGAGAUCAUUCCGCAGUAUUUGGAUACAAACGCGAUCAGGGCAAUCAGGGCAGGCCCACAAGAGAUGUCCUAUAUCCUGGACCACAGAUUCGAUCACAUAUUCUAUACCGGCUCUGCAAAUGUCGCCAAGAUUAUCCAUCAGGCUGCGGCCAAGAACUUGACACCAGUUACACUCGAGCUCGGCGGCCAGGGACCAGCCAUUGUUACCAAAUCCGCCAACAUAAACCUCGCCGCCAAGCGUAUUGCUGCUACCAAGUUCAUGAAUUCCGGACAGAUCGUGCGUCUUCAGAUUUGUCUAAACGUGAACCAUGUUCUCGUCGAUCCAAGUGUGCGAGAUGCUCUCACUGUGGAAUUGAAGAAGUGGUUCGACACUUUCCGGGACGGUAAAACUCAACCAGAGUAUUACACACACAUUAUCAAUGAACGAAAUUUCGACCGACUCGACAACCUUCUCCAGGAAACUUCGGGCCAAAUCAUUUAUGGUGGCGAACGUGACCGCAAGACAAGAUUCUUUGCCCCAACAAUUGUGACCGGGGUAAAGCCAGGCGACUCUUUGCUGUCUGAAGAGCUCUUUGGUCCUAUACUACCUAUCAUAGACGCCGAUUUGGACAACGCAAUAGCCUACACUCGCGCCCAUGAACAUCCCCUCGUCUUGUACGCCUUCACAAACAAGGAGGAGGAAAAAGCGCGGCUGUUAAAUGAGACCCAGUCAGGCGGCGUUACGUUCAACGACUGUGUAUUACAUGUCGCUACACAUGAUACUCCUUUCGGUGGCGUUGGCCAUUCUGGUCUGGGAUACUACCAUGGCCAUUAUGGCGUGUUGACCUUUUCUCAUCUGCGAACGACUACAAACGUCUUACCAGGCUGGAUGGAAAUGGUCAUGGGAGCCCGCUACGCUCCUUACACACUCAAGAAAGCUAGCACUCUCGCUCCACCUGUGUCUGUCUCAUUUGAUAGAAAUGGAAAUGACACCAUAUCUUACCGAGGCGUUGUAUUCAAGGGUCUGAGUAUUGCAGCGCUGGUGAGCCUGGCGGUCAUGCUGAAAGGGCCAGAUGCCUGGGAUCCUCUGAAGACAGCCGGAGGCUACUUGAACUUCUCGCCAGGAAAAUGA